UGCUGGCUGUGGCGAGCCCAUAGCAAAGCACACAGCACCGCCUCUGACUCACGCAGUCACACACACACUGAUACUCCCACAGAAGCAGGUGUGUGUGGCCAGCAGCGCACAGACCUCAGCAGCGGGUCGGACAAAACUCUGCAGCAUUUGGAUUUAUUUUUUUUUUUACAUACAUUUUUAUAUAUAAAACACCGCCAUUAUGUUGUGGACGGCGAGCCAAGUCUUAAGGAAAUUCUCCACCUCGUCCAAUUAUUACCAGAAUAAGCUCAAACUAGCUAUAAUUGGCCAGAGCGUGUUCGGCCAGGAGGUGUACAGCAACCUGAGGAAGCAGGGUCACAAGGUGGUGGGUGUGUUCACAGUCCCCGACAAGGAUGGCAAGGCCGACCCCCUGGCGGUGGCGGCGGAGAAGGACGGGACGCCGGUGUUCAAGUUCCCCCGCUGGCGGGUCAAGGGGAAGCCCAUCCAGGAGGUGGUGGAUGCCUACAAGGCGGUGGGCGCCGAGCUCAACGUCCUGCCCUUCUGCUCUCAGUUCAUCCCCAUGAACGUCAUCGACAACCCCAGGCACGGCUCCAUCAUCUACCACCCCUCCCUCCUGCCCCUGCACAGAGGAGCCUCGGCUAUUAACUGGACCCUGAUCCACGGUGAUAAGAAAGCUGGAUUCACAGUGUUCUGGGCUGAUGAUGGACUGGACACCGGACCAAUCCUGCUGCAGAGGGAGUGCGCUGUGGAGCCCACCGACACCGUGGACACACUCUACAACCGCUUCCUCUUCCCAGAGGGCAUCAAGGCUAUGGUGGAGUCGGUGAAGCUCAUUGCUGAUGGAAAGGCCCCAAGAGUUCCCCAGACGGAGGAAGGAGCGAGCUAUGAAGGCAUUCAGAAGAAAUCCAACGCCAAGGUCAACCUGGCCCAACCAGCGCAGGACAUCCACAACUGGAUCCGCGGCCACGACAAAGUCCCCGGUGCCUGGACGGUCAUUGAUGGGCAGGCUGUGACCCUGUAUGGCUCGUCCAUGUUGGGGGGGUCGCUACCAGCCGGUCAACCCCUGGAGAUAGCGGGGGCGCCCCAGCCAGGCCUGGUCACCAAGAACGGGCUGGUGCUGUAUGGAACCGAUGGGAAAGCUCUCCUGGUGAAGAACCUGCAGUUUGAUGAUGGCAAGAUGAUCCCUGCUUCUAAAUACUUCUUCUCUGGGGAAAGCUCCAGUGUGGAGCUGACUGCUGAUGAAGAGAAGAUGGCAGAGGAGAUCAGGGACAUCUGGAAGGGCAUCCUCAGCAAUGUCCCAGCCGUUGAGGACACAACAGACUUCUUCAAGUCCGGGGCCGCCUCCAUGGAUGUAGUCAGGCUGGUGGAGGAGGUGAAGCAGAAGUGCGCCGGCGUCCAGCUGCAGAACGAGGACGUGUACAUGGCUACCACCUUCCAGGACUUCAUCCAGAUGUUUGUCCGCAAGCUGAGAGGGGAGGACCAGGAGGAGGAGCUGGUCAUCGACUACGCAACCAAAGAAGUGAACAACAUGACAGUGAAGAUGCCAACCCAGUGUUUUAUCAACGGCAAGUUUGAGGAUGCAGAAAACGGCAAAAGCUACAAUACCAUCAACCCUACUGAUGGAUCAGUGAUCUGUAAGGUGUCCUACGCCUCAGUGGGGGAUGUGGACCGGGCAGUGGCAGCUGCCAAAGAAGCCUAUGAUAAUGGACCAUGGGGCAAAAUGAACCCCAGAGACAGAGGAAGUCUGCUUUACAAGCUCGCAGACCUGAUGGAGGAACACCAGGAGGAGCUGGCCACCAUCGAGUCCAUUGACUCGGGAGCUGUGUACACGCUGGCCCUCAAGACACACGUAGGCAUGUCCAUCCAGACCUUCCGAUACUUUGCCGGCUGGUGUGACAAGAUCCACGGCAAGACCAUCCCCAUCAACCAAGCCAGGCCCAAUCGAAAUCUGACCUUCACUAAGAGAGAACCACUGGGUGUGUGUGCCAUCAUCAUCCCAUGGAACUAUCCUCUCAUGAUGCUGGCGUGGAAGAGCGCUGCCUGCCUCGCAGCAGGGAACACGCUCGUUCUGAAACCCGCACAGGUCACUCCGUUGACGGCACUGAAGUUUGCUGAGCUGUCCGCGAAAGCUGGCAUUCCAAAAGGAGUCAUAAACAUUUUGCCAGGCUCAGGUGGAAUGGUGGGACAGCGCUUGUGCGACCACCCAGACAUCCGCAAGCUGGGCUUCACCGGCUCCACGCCUAUCGGCAAACAGAUCAUGAAGAGCUGUGCGCUCAGCAACCUGAAGAAGGUUUCUCUGGAGCUGGGAGGGAAGUCGCCUCUCAUCAUCUUCAGCGACUGUGACAUGGACAAGGCGGUUCGCAUGGGCAUGAGCUCUGUGUAUUUCAACAAGGGGGAGAACUGCAUCGCUGCUGGGCGUUUGUUUGUGGAGGAGUCCAUUCAUGAUGAGUUCAUCAGCCGAGUGGUGGAAGAGCUGAAGAAGAUGAAGAUUGGCGACCCACUGGAUCGAUCCACAGACCACGGCCCACAGAAUCACAAAGCCCACAUGGACAAGCUGCUGGAGUACUGUGAGGUCGGACUGAAGGAGGGAGCCACGCUGGUGUACGGAGGCAAACAGGUGGACAGGCCAGGUUUUUUCAUGGAGCCCACUGUCUUCACUCAUGUCGAGGACCACAUGUUCAUCGCCAAGGAGGAGUCCUUCGGCCCUGUCAUGGUGGUGUCCAAAUUUAAAGAUGGCGAUGUGGACGGCGUGCUGCAGAGAGCCAACGCCACCGAGUACGGCCUGGCCUCGGGCGUGUUCACCCGCGACAUCAACAAGGCCAUGUACGUGAGCGAGCGGCUGGAGGCUGGAACAGUAUUCAUCAACACCUACAACAAGACCGACGUGGCUUCACCUUUCGGAGGCUUCAAACAGUCCGGCUUUGGCAAAGACCUCGGAGAGGACGCUCUACUGGAAUACCUCAAGACCAAAGCAGUGACUGUGGAGUACUGAGGGGCGGACUCCAACCAACUCGGAGCCACAUCUCAAUAGGAAAAGGACUCGUCUGUCUGCUUCAGGCAGACAUCCAGCUUCAUACAGCAUUGCUUCUGGACAGCGUGCUUGUGUGUGUAUUUGUGCGUGUGCGCGUGUGACGUGUGUGUACUGUAUGAAUGAGAGGAGAGCUUUGUUGUUCGUCUCUGCCGCAGUUUGGACACCUGCGUAAAAAAAAUAAUAAUAAUCAGAUCGUGGACAAGGGACACGUGUGGUUUACACACAUCUGUAUAUCCACACAUAAAACCCAGAGUCGGACGUCUGGUGGCAGCCGGGCUGGUUAAGACUAUUUUCAAUCUUUCAGUUCCAUAAAAGUGUUUUAUGUUAAAACACUAUUUUCGACCUAAAAUCUGUUUUCCCAUCAUUAUCAAUCGCGUUAAUCAGUUCCAUUCAAACUUUUGAAAAUCAUCUGCAAUCAUGCCUUUCUCAUUCACUCGCCUUCAUCAUUCCUAUAAUAUCUCCCUGGUUACUCUUUGACAGCUUUUGGGCUGCUGUGUGCCGUAUCACUUUUCUUAUUGAUGGAUAACUCAUCUGUACAUGAAUAUGACUGUUGUAGCGUGUGUUUAGAUGUCUUUGGGUUGAGUUUUGGAGUAGCCAGUGUCCUGCCUGACAGGACUAAACUGCUUAAUCACAGAGCUAUUGGUCAGAAUUUAUCAUCGAAAACAGGUCAAAAAGCCAGAGUUACAUUUGAAUUCUCAAUUAAUCCACAUGAAAGCAAAGGUCAAUUUGCUAAAGGUUUUUUCAAAGCUUUUAACCCUAAUCUUAUAGUUUUCAUCUGCGGUACACACAUCAACACACAAAAAUACUGCGCAGGCGUCAACACUUGGGCUUCCUGUCCGUCAUUGCAGCAGUACUCCAUAUCGACGACGUUUCAUUUCCGCGCUUGUUCAGGCGCCACUGGAAAUUCCGCCGGAAGGUCCUCAUUUCGGCCAGAUGUCCCGUUACCUUCCCCUUUCUUUGUGUUGGCGUUCUAACCUCUGGUGGAUUUGUGAGGACUAUGGUUAACUGCUCCUCAGAUCUCUGCAGGGUAAAUCCAGACAGCUAGCUAGACUAUCUGUCCAAUCUGAGUUUUCUCUCGCACGACUAAACUUUUGAACGGGGCGGACUCUAGCUCACGCAGUAGAGCGUGGGCCCCAUGGAGGCUGAGUCCUUUGCAGCAGCCCAGGGUUUGAAUCCGACCUGCAGCCCUUUGCUGCGUGUCAACCCCUCUCUCUCUCUGUCCCUUUUCCUGUCUAUCCUCUAUCAAAUAA